UUCACUUGCCAUUUGUUUUUAGGUAACGAAUUUAACGUUGCCUUUUUUUGUCUUCAAUCCCCUUUGGCGAAACGCCCCCAAUAUCAUAAACCUAGAAUCCUUUCUAACAAAAACACCACCACUUUCAAAUUUUCAUGCCCAAAACAUGAUUUUUAUCGUUUUUAUGAUAAUGGGUUUGUAGCUGUUAAGGUUUUUUGCAGGGUGCCAAGAGAUUAGGUCAAGGCAUUCAUUGUAUUUGGCAUCUUGGCCCUGCAAAGAUUGUUGACUUGUUCUUUCAAGAACAACUUUUUUUGGGUAUUAUUUUUAUAUUGUGGUGGUGAAAGUGGAUUGUCAUUAUGGGGAUGUCCUCUGAUAAUAUUAUAGGGCUUGUUUUGGCUCUUUCUUCUAGCAUUUUCAUUGGUUCUAGCUAUAUCAUUAAAAAAAUGGGUCUUACAAAAGCUGGCACUAAUGGGAAUAGAGCAGCCUCAGGAGGGCAUUCGUAUUUGUUAGAACCAAAGUGGUGGGCUGGAAUGACUUCAAUGAUUGUUGGGGAAAUAGCUAAUUUUGCAGCUUAUGCAUUUGCACCUGCCAUUCUUGUAACUCCUUUGGGAGCUUUAAGCAUUAUUUUCAGUGCGGUGCUAGCUCACUUCUUUUUGAAAGAGAGACUACACAUUUUCGGCAUGCUGGGAUGUGCUCUCUGUAUGGUAGGGUCUACUACUAUUGUUCUUCAUGCGCCGCGUGAGAGAGACAUUCAUUCUGUCAAGGAAGUAUGGCAACUUGCUACCGAACCAGGUUUUAUUGUAUACUCUUGUUUGGUGGUGAUACUGGUUUUAGUUCUUAUUUUCGUUUUCGCGGACAAAUAUGGACAGACUCAUAUGAUUGUUUAUGUUGGAUUAUGCUCUCUCACGGGCUCGAUUACGGUUAUGAGUGUCAAAGCAGUAGGAAUAGCUUUGAAGCUUACAUUUGAAGGGAAGAAUCAAUUUAUUUACUUUCAAACAUGGUUCUUUACAAUAAUUGUCAUAGGAUGCUGUCUUAUGCAAAUCAACUACUUGAACAAGGCUUUAGAUACCUUCAACACUACUGUCAUAUCACCGGUUUACUACGUCAUGUUUACCACAUUGACCAUAAUCGCCAGCAUAAUCAUGUUUAAGGAAUGGGACACGCAAGAAGCAUCUCAGAUCGUUACAGAGUUGUGUGGAUUUGUGACGAUUUUAUCGGGGACGUUUCUCCUUCACAAAACUCAGGAUAUGGGAAACAGACCGACAGAAACUUCUGUCACUUCAAGCCAACACCUUCCUUACACUAUUAAGUCACCAGAUAGAUCUGACAUUUGAAGAAUGUGAGCAGCACUUCUCUUUCACCUAUGUUCCUUCCCUCUCAAGCUAAACAUGGCAAGUCUGCUACUUUUUGGUUCUAAGCAGCUUGUAACAUUUUCGAAAAAUAGAAAGAAAUAUGAAAAGGUGUAAAUGUGAAUAUGAUCAAAGCAAGUACUAUAUCUUAUGACCUUAGAGGAUAUGAUGUUUAGAUUCUUUGGUAGAUCAGAAGUCUUUCUUUUUAAUGGAAAAUGUGAAUUGGCCAAAGUUCUUAAAAUAUAUUUAUUGAGGUUGGAACACCAUUUUUUC